CCGGAAACAAGGCACACACCCCACCCCCUCAGUCAUUUUGGACGAUAUUUUCUGGUAAUAGGAAGGAAGGGGUCAGAUCGGCAGAAACGGAGAACGGAUCAAACGCAAAGGAGCAGUGGGGCGGGGCGUAACAGCAGAAUCAGGCGGGGAGCGGUAGUUUUGAGAAGAGGGCUCGCCAUGAGCGGGACGAAUCCACCGUCCACGACGUCGCAGGGACCAGGACCGGGCUCUGUGUCCACGAGUGUCCGUACUGGCACCUUGAAAAGGAAUACACAGGUGGCUUUCGAAGACCCGGCCGAGCGAGCUGGUGGCCAAGUUGGUUACCAACCCAAAGUUCGCGUUGCUGAGAGAUAUAAAGUGGUGGGAUUCAUUAGUAGUGGCACGUAUGGACGUGUGUACAAGGCCCUCGGCCGUCAAGGCCAGCCCGGCGAGUUUGCAAUCAAGAAAUUCAAACCGGACAAGGAAGGCGAGCAGGUGGCUUACACCGGCAUUUCCCAGAGCGCGAUCAGGGAAAUGUCUCUUUGCAGUGAGCUGAGUCACGCAAACGUUAUCAGGCUUGUCGAGAUCAUCCUCGAAGAUAAGUGCAUCUUCAUGGUUUUCGAGUACGCCGAGCACGAUCUUCUCCAGAUUAUCCAUCACCACACUCAACAGCCGCGGCAUCCUAUCCCCCCUCAAACCGUCAAGAGCAUCAUGUUUCAGCUGCUCAACGGCUGCCAAUACCUCCACUCCAACUGGGUUUUGCAUCGUGAUCUCAAGCCGGCUAAUAUCAUGGUCACAUCCGCUGGUGAGGUGAAGAUUGGCGAUCUCGGCCUCGCCCGUCGCUUCGAUAAACCCCUGCAUUCUCUCUUCAGCGGCGAUAAGGUAGUCGUGACAAUAUGGUAUCGCGCACCUGAGCUCAUACUCGGCACGCGUCACUAUACCCCGGCGAUAGACAUGUGGGCCGUGGGCUGCAUCUUCGCCGAGCUUCUUUCUCUGCGUCCGAUUUUCAAGGGGGAAGAGGCGAAGAUGGAUAGUAAGAAGACCGUCCCCUUCCAGCGUAACCAGAUGCAAAAGAUCGUCGACAUUAUGGGUCUCCCCACCAAGGAGCACUGGCCACUCCUCACCUCGAUGCCCGAGUACUCGCAGCUCGCCACUAUGCAGCCUCCAUUGGCUGCCUCCGCCCAUUAUCACGGCCACCCCGGCCACCAUCAUCGUUCCCAUCGCUCCAGCUAUGCACACCCUGGCAGCUCCAACCAUGGUGCCGCCCAAGGACCUCAUGCCCACGGCUCGUCCCUCGAGAAGUGGUACUGGAGCACCGUGAGUCAGGGCGCUGCGACGACCGCUGCGCAGGCGUCCAAUUCCGCUGCGCCCCUCGUGUCCCUGGGCACCGAGGGCUACAGGCUGCUCGCGAGCCUGCUGGAAUACGACCCGGACGAGCGUAUGACGGCCGCCAAGGCCCUGCAGCACCCUUUCUUCACCACAGGCGACCGCCUCAACUCUAGCGCCUUCGAGGGUUUGAAGAACGAGUACCCGCAUCGCCGGGUCAGCCAAGACGACAACGACAUCAGGACAAAUAGCCUGCCGGGUACGAAGCGGAGUGGGCUGCAAGAUGACUCUCUGCGACCGGCCAAGAGACUUAAGGAAUGAGGAAGAGCGAGAUUUGCCUUAUCGAUGUAUUUGUAAUGGGUUUUAUUUCUUCAUUUGUUUUGUUCCUUUCCUUUCCUCGUUCGUCCAGUUCUUUACUUGGUAAUUGGGGUUUGGGAUGAAGGUGCUGGGAGGGGCUGGGAGGCGUCAUUACUGGGUAUAUAUUCCGAUGAGGGUAUGUUGUGGUUUCGGUCUGGCGUCGCGGGCGUCGGUAGAUACGGUUAGACAAGCCUUUUUUCUACGUUCAAGAGUCGUUCCGAGUCAAUACAGCGCAGAAGCAAAAUAACCGGAGGGGAAACCGCUUCUUCUGUAGGACCUAGUCAGGCCAACUUUUUUUCCACCAGGC